AUGCCACCGAAGCAAGACUGGGAAAAGUACAGCAAGUCGGAUAAGGACGAGAGCAACAAUGAGGACACGAUUGUCCCACUGGACGAAGGCGAUAUCCAGCUGCUGCGUACCUAUGGCCAAGGCCCAUACGCGGGCUCGCUGAAGCGAAUGGACACGGAGAUCAAAGACGUCGAGAAGCGCGUCAAUGAAAAGAUGGGCGUGCGCGAGAGCGACACGGGCCUGGCUCCGCCGGAUCUGUGGGAUAUUGCUGCGGACAAGCAGCGCAUGAGUGAAGAGCAGCCGCUGCAAGUUGCGCGCUGCACCAAGAUCAUCCUUGCAGAGCAAGAAGGCGAAGAAGGCGGAGACGGCGCCGCUACUUCGGGGGUCGGCGCGCUCGAUAACGUGCUUGGCGCGCUUGGCGGCAUGGGUGCAUUGGGGUCGCGCUCUGCGGACGACAAGGACAAGUAUUUGAUCAAUGUGAAGCAGAUUGCCAAGUUUGUCGUGGGGCUUGGCGAGCGUGUGGCGCCGACGGAUAUCGAAGAAGGGAUGCGUGUCGGUGUGGACCGCAACAAGUACCAGAUCCAAAUCCCUCUUCCGCCCAAGAUUGAUGCGAGCGUGACGAUGAUGCAGGUCGAGGACAAGCCCGACGUGACGUACAGCGAUGUUGGCGGCUGCAAAGAGCAGAUCGAGAAGCUGCGCGAGGUCGUCGAAGCGCCGCUGCUUGAGCCCGAGCGGUUUGUCAAGCUCGGCAUUGAUCCGCCCAAGGGUGUGUUGCUGUUUGGGCCGCCGGGCACGGGCAAGACAUUGUGCGCGCGUGCCGUUGCAAACCGCACCGACGCCACGUUUAUCCGCGUUAUUGGCUCGGAGCUUGUGCAAAAGUAUGUCGGCGAGGGCGCUCGGAUGGUGCGCGAGCUGUUUGAGCUCGCGCGGACCAAGAAAGCAUGCAUCAUUUUUUUCGACGAGAUCGACGCGAUUGGUGGGAUGCGUUUCGACGACGGCGCCGGAGGCGACAACGAGGUGCAGCGCACCAUGCUGGAGCUAAUCAACCAGCUGGAUGGGUUCGAUUCGCGUGGAAAUAUCAAGGUGCUUAUGGCGACAAACCGCCCAGACACGCUUGAUCCCGCACUCUUACGUCCUGGUCGUCUUGACCGGCGCGUCGAGUUUGGGCUGCCGGACAAUGAGGGCCGCGCGCACAUCCUUCGCAUCCACGCACGUUCCAUGUCUGUGGAACGAAAUAUUCGCUUCGAUCUCAUUGCGCGGCUUUGCCCCAACACGACCGGCGCUGAAAUGCGCAGCGUUGCGACCGAGGCAGGUAUGUUUGCCAUUCGCGCACACCGCAAGGUCGCGACGGAAAAAGACUUUUUGCAGGCUGUGGAAAAGGUUGUGCGCCAGGGCAGCAAAUUCUCCAGCACGUCGCUCUAUGCCCAGUACAACUAG